AUGUUUGGAAUCUUUGCGGACUUGAUGUCCUCCGUCAUCACCAUUCUCUUCCCCGUCUUUGCAUCCUACAAGGCUCUCCGCUCCUCCGAUCCCUCACAACUUGCACCAUGGCUGAUGUACUGGGUGGUUCUCUCCGUCAUUCUGCUGGCAGAAUCCUGGACGGUAUUCAUCAUUGGAUGGUUUCCAUUCUACAGUUGGAUCCGUCUGUUCUUCAUGUGCUAUCUCGUCCUCCCACAAACGCAGGGUGCCCGCCUACUCUAUCAAGACUAUGUCGAUCCAUUCCUGACCCACCACGAACACGAGAUUGAGGAGCUUAUCGGUCGCGGCCAUGAGCGAGCCAAGACACUCGGCCUGCAAUACUUCUACCAGGCCAUGGAAAUGAUUCGGGUGAAGGUGCUAGGUCUCCCUCCACAAAAGGAAGCCCCACCGCCCCCGUCAGGGCCCGCCGCAUAUGCACAGUCUCUACUGUCGCGAUUCAAUCUCCCGUCUGCAGCGGCCACGGCCUCAGCCCCUGGAGAUUGGUAUUCCGCUCUCAGCUCCGCACUUGGGUCGGUGACAUCACCUGGAAAGUCUCGUGAGGCCCAUGAGGAGGAUCUCUCAGCCAGUGGCACUCUCCUCCAGCGCCAAAUCCAAUCUAUGACCGGUAUCGAUAAGGCGCAGUACAUUUCUCACCAGAGAGAGGUGCUGGAUUAUCUGCGGUCGACCCUGGCACGUGAGGAGCAAGCGAUUCAGCGUGAUGACGCAGAUGAUGAUGAUCUUGCCUAUGGGGCCCCGCUGCGGAAGAUCAAGAGCGAUAACUCCUUUGAUGUUGUCGAUGAUGAGGAUUUGGGUUCACGUCCAGCUCGUCGCACCAGCGGUAAAUGGACCUCUGGAUGGCUGGGCCCUGAGAAUGACUCCUCCGGUUCCUCGGAGCAUGCAUCCCGGACCACGGGAUAUGAACGAUAUAACUGA